CAAUGGCGCCGCCCAUACAAGUUCUGCCUUUUGGCCACUAGAGGCCUCUAUCAUUCUUCAUGAUCCCAUACGCUCUCUAAUGCUGCAUCGUGCCUGUAUUGCUUACUGUCGAGUCGGUUCAAUUGUAAAGUCAAGAUGGCUUCUCGUUUGAAGGUCCUCAGAGUGUUCAAAGCACUGCACAGAACAAGAUUGGAGUUGUUCAAAGAAGAUACCAGAGCAUUGACAGCUGCAAGACGAAAGAUAAAUGAGGAAUUCAGGAAAAACAAAAAUGAGACUUCGGAGGAAAACAUCAGUCAGAUGAUUAAAAUGGCCGCUGGUGUGGAAGUGUUUCUUCGCCAAGAUGUCGUACAAGCCGAGCAUGUAGCUGAAGAUAGGAUUCAACUCCGACCGAGAGAGAGCCUUCUUCUGGAAAACGUACCGUACUGCGAUACACCUAGGAAAAGGUCUUCUUCCAACAAUGCACCAAAACAAAGUUGUAACGAUGCACCAAUUACACGAUGUGAAUGACCAACAAUAACAGCUGAAGAUUUUUUUUCUUACUCCUCUGGAAUAAUUUAAGUGUAAUUCGAGACAUCAAUUAUAGAACAUACAGUAUGUUAUUUUAUGGUGUGUGUGUGUGAGGGGGGUUAAGAGUUUGUCAUACAAAUGUGGAAGCUGUAGAUUUGCCUUUAAGGUCAAAGGUGAAAUUCAUUGUAAAUUCAAUGCAUAUUAUUUUGUUUGCUGCUAUAUUAUGUUGAUUUCUUGUUGAAUGAAUGACUGUUAAUGCCAUAACUGAGUUGUGUUGUAUGACUUUGAGAACAGUACCAGAUUUCGUAUCGUAAUACUCGAUACCAAGGGAAAAACAGAAGGUGUAUUAGCCAUUAGUCACGGAAUGGCACUUGAUCCAGACAAAUCUUUUGAGUUCAGUAUCAUUACAUUUGAAUUGUUAUAUAUAUAUAUUUGUAUGUAUACGUUAAUUAAUCAACUUCACUCAUACAAACAAUGUAACUUUUUUUUUUUUUAGCAAUCUAACUACAUAACAAUUUAUUUGAGUGGUCAAUCUAGUCUUUUGAUAAUCUGAGUAAAUCAAAAUGUAGCCUAGGCCUAUUUACAAUACAGAUUAAUGCAUAUUCAAUAGAAGUGUGUGCAUGCAUUGAGUUAUUGAGCUUGUUUUGGCUGAUUUCAUGGAAAACAAUCGGUUUCUCUUCAAUUUGGGACUCGUUUUAUUGUACUGAUCAACAUUGUAUAGAAGAAGAAAUAUCUAAUUUUAUAAAAGUGCGCGCGCUAAAACCAUUUUAGAUAAUUCCAUUGGUCGUUAAGUGAAUUGUCCACUCACCCGGGGCACCGUGCCAUGAAAAAAGGAACUCCACCACUCCGUUUCGGGGAUCGAGCAAAGAUGAUCUUAACUGGGAGAGACGUGACGAAUAAUGAUUCAGAUGAAUAUAGGCUUUGAAGUCAGCUAUAUUUUGUGUUAUGGUUUGCAAGCAAGGUGCGAAUUACACCGUGAUAUCUUGACGAA